UUUGGUUAGUUGUCAUCAUAACCUUGGAAGUAACUUAUAAUUCAUUAAAAGUUUUUCAGGAUUUUCAAAGAGGAUGAAAUUUGUUUUGUUUUUUAUAUGGAUAACUACAACAGGAGCUGCAAUGGGAGGUGUGUUGCCAUUGCAUGACAAACAACCAGGAAAUGAAUUGCCAACAAGUUUGCCUGGCCUGCUUCCACGUCAAUUUAUGCAACUCAUUUUUCCAUCUCGACCGAGACCGAAUGAGAGAAGGGAACCACCAUCUUAUCUAUGGCUGAGACCGGCUAACAAUCAUGGUCAUUAUGCAACGACCAGAAGGUCUGGUGCUGGACAAGUUACAAAAUUCACGUCAGCAAACCCAGCAACUCUUCCUCCUCUCCCAGAUCCAUCAACUAUUGGUGCGUUACUAACUACUUUUGCAUCAUUGCCAGACCCAACUACUCUUGCACCAUUACCCGACCCAACUACUUUUGAACCAUUACCCGACCCAACUACUUUUGCACCAUUACCCGACCCAACUACUUUUGAACCAUUACCCGACCCAACUACUUUUGCACCAUUGCCCGACCCAACUACUUUUGAACCAUUACCCGACCCAACUACUCUUGCACCAUUACCCGACCCAACUACUUUUGAACCAUUACCCGACCCAACUACUUUUGAACCAUUACCCGACCCAACUACUUUUGAACCAGCACCCGAGCCAACUACUUCCGCACCGUUACCAGAUCCAACUAGUUUUGAACCAGUACCCGAGCCAACUACUUCCGCACCGUUACCAGAUCCAACUAGUUUUGAACCAGUACCCGAGCCAACUACUUCCGCACCGUUACCAGAUCCAACUAGUUUUGCACCAAUACCCGACCCAACGACUUUUGAACCAGUACCCGAGCCAACUACUUCCGCACCAUUACCAGAUCCAACUACUUUUGCACCAAUACCCGACCCAACGACUUUUGAACCAGUACCCGAGCCAACUACUUCCGCACCGUUACCAGAUCCAACUAGUUUUGCACCAAUACCCGACCCAACGACUUUUGAACCAGCACCCGAGCCAACUACUUCCGCACCGUUACCAGAUCCAACUAGUUUUGAACCAGUACCCGAGCCAACUACUUUCGCACCGUUACCAGAUCCAACUAGUUUUGAACCAGUACCCGAGCCAACUACUUCCGCACCGUUACCAGAUCCAACUAGUUUUGCACCAAUACCCGACCCAACGACUUUUGAACCAGUACCCGAGCCAACUACUUCCGCACCAUUACCAGAUCCAACUACUUUUGCACCAAUACCCGACCCAACGACUUUUGAACCAGUACCCGAGCCAACUACUUUUGCACCAUUGCCAGACUCAACUACUUUCGCACCAUUACCUGAUCCAACUACUUUUGCACCAAUACCCGAGCCAACUACUUUUGCACCGUUACCAGAUCCAACUAGUUUCGAACCAAUACCCCAGCCAACUACUUUUGCACCAUUACCCGACCCAACUAAUUUUGAACCAGUACCCGAGCCAACUACUUUUGCACCAUUGGCAGACCCAACUACUUUUGCACCGUUACCAGACCCAACUACUUUUGCACCGUUACCAGACCCAACUACCCUUGCACCAUUGCCAGACCCAACUACAUUAGAGCCGAUCCCAACUACGCUGGCUCCUCCUUCAAUACCAACGACUAUUGUUCCUUUUCCAACGACUUCACAAGGUUCCAGUUCAACAACAAGGGUAACACAACUGUAUGAACGUUGCGUGGCUUAUCGCUGUUGAGAAACAUCUUUAAUGCAGAUCAGCAUGGGUUGUAUUUCUGCAAAGUAUUAAAUCGUUCAUGAAUAUCUACAUAUGUGUGUAUAAUUAAUUUUCAAAUAAUUGCCCCACGCAUUUAUGCUAAGACUUUGGUUAAGUUCCUUUGCAAUUACGUCUGUGUAUACAUAUAACGCAAGUGCGUUACAAAGUGUAAAAUAAAUCUUAAAAUCGCAUACUAGCUUUUCAGUUGUUCACUCACCAGCGAAUCUGGGCUGAAUAGAUGAAACACAUAGCGUCGUUUAGACUCAGGAGAAGGACUUCUACUAUUCCGCUCAGACAGAUUUCGAUGCCCUUCGGAUCUAUAGGUCUACUCAAGCCUUACAGCAGUUUUAUGCUGUCUAUGGUGGAAUUUUUUUCAAAUAAUUGCGUAGUGCAUUUAGUUUUAUUCAAUUCACCAUGAAGAUUUAAUUUAUAUAUUUAUGUACUUAAUCAAUAUAUUUAAUACUAAUUUUUCUAUACUCGGAAUAAAAUUUAGAACUGAUUGAGAUCGACUGUA